CGACGCGCGACGCCACUUCCGUCCGCGAGCGUGUGGGAGCGAGCGGCCGAGUGUUUACUUCCGGCCGCCGCGGGCUGAGGGCCGAGCGGGAGGCGGCGGGCCCGCGCAGCCAUGGACUGGCUCAUGGGGAAGUCCAAGGCCAAGCCCAACGGGAAGAAGCCGGCGGCCGAGGAGAAGAAGGUAUACCUGGAGCCCGAGUACACCGAGUCCAGGAUCACCGACUUCCAGUUCAAGGAGCUGGUGGCACUGCCGCGGGAGAUCGACCUCAACGAGUGGCUGGCCAGCAACACCACGACGUUCUUCCACCACGUCAACCUGCAGUACAGCACCAUCUCUGAGUUCUGCACCGGGGAGGCGUGCCAGACCAUGGCCGUGUGUAACACACAGUACUACUGGCACGAUGAGCGGGGCAAGAAGGUCAAGUGCACGGCGCCGCAGUACGUGGACUUCGUGAUGAGCUCCGUGCAGAAGCUGGUGACGGACGAGGACGUGUUCCCCACCAAGUACGGCCGCAACUUCCCCAGCUCCUUCGAGUCCCUGGUGAAGCGCAUCUGCCGCCUGCUGUUCCACGUGCUGGCGCACAUCUACUGGGCCCACUUCAAGGAGACGCUGGCGCUGGAGCUGCACCCGCACCUCAACACGCUCUACGCCCACUUCAUCCUCUUCGCGCGUGAGUUCCACCUGCUGGACCCCAAAGAGACCGCGGUCAUGGACGACCUCACGGAGGUGCUGUGCGGGGGGCCCGCGGGCGCACAGAACCACGUGAAGGAGAGGUGAGCGCCGACGGGCGAGCUCAUGUGCCGCGGCGGCCUGGUGCUCGGGGUCGGCAGGGGGCCCGGAGAGCGGCCGGGAGCUUUGGACUGCGGGCCGCCCGCCCCCGGUGCCCUGGACAUCCAGCGGCAGGGACGCGCUUGCUGGGUUGUCGGGACGCGGCCGGUGGAGACGCUGCCGCCUCUCUGCCCUUCUUGGGCUCUGCUGAACUGCGGCUGGGGGUGAGGCGGGCCGCCCCGGGGCCCGGCUGCUGCCCCCACCCCCGGAACGGGUCCGGACGCUCCAGGUUCAGAUCUGGUGGCCCUGCGUGGUGGAACGCAGGGACAUCGCUUGCUCAGCUCACCUGCUCGGCCGUAAUAAACAGAAUUCUCUCAGGA